UUCACACAGACUCACACACGAUGGCAGAAGCCAGCAUUCCAGUGGAUCAGGAUCAGUUCAUGUGUCCGGUGUGUUUGGAUCUGCUGAAGGACCCAGUGACCACUGCCUGUGGACACAGUUACUGUAAGAUCUGCAUCACAGACUGCUGGGAUCAGGAGGAUCAGAAGGGAGUCUACAGCUGCCCUCAGUGCAGACAGAGCUUCGGCCCCAGGCCUGCUUUAGCUACCAAUGUCCUGCUGGCAGAAAUGCUGGAGAAACUGAAGAAGACCAGACUCCAAACCGCUGAUAGUGACGCUGGAUCUGGAGAUGUGCAGUGUGACGUCUGCACUGAGACCAAACUCAAAGCUGUCAAGUCCUGUCUGGUGUGUCUGAACUCUUACUGUCAGAAUCACCUCGAGCAACACCAGAGUUUCUUCAGAAGCAAGAAACACAAACUGACCGAAGCCACUGGACGACUGCAGGAGAUGAUCUGCACUAAACACGAAGAACCGCUGAAGCUCUACUGCAGAACCGACCAGCGCUGCAUCUGUUAUCCGUGUGUGAUGGAUGAACACAAGAACCAUGAAACUGUGACGGCAGAAGCAGAGAGGAAUGAGAAGCAGAGGAUUCUGAAAGAGACGCAAGUGAAAUAUCAUGAGAGAAUCCAGCAGAGAGAUAAAGAGCUGGAGGAGCUGAGAGAGGCUGUGGAGUCUCAUAAGCGCUCUGCACAGACAGCAGUGGAGGACAGUGAGAGGAUCUUUACUGAGCUCAUCCGCUCCAUUGAGAGAAGCCGCUCUGAGCUGAUACGGCUGAUCAGAGAUCAGGAGAAGACUGCAGUGAGUCGAGCUGAAGGACGACUGGAGCGACUGGAGCAGGAGAUCAAUGAUCUGAGGAGGAGAGACGCUGAGCUGGAGCAGCUGGAGCACACACAGGAUCACAUCCAGUUCCUGCAGAGUUUCUCCGUCUCUCCUGAAACUGCAGAGCAGCCCAGCAUCACCAUCAGUCCUCACCUCUCUUUCAGUCAUGUGGAGAAAUCUGUUUCUAAACUGAAAGAAAAACUGGAGGAAUUCUGCAAAGAAGAGAUUGAACAGAUAUCUGGCAGAGUAUCAUACAGUGAAAUUAUUCCCCUCAAAGAACUGAAGACCAGGCCAGAGUUCCUGCAGUAUUGCAGGUUUCUGACUCUGGAUCCAAACACAGUGAAUGAAGACAUCCGUCUGUCUGAGGGAAACAGAGCAGCUACUUACACUGAAACAGUCCAGUCGUAUCCUGAUCAUCCAGACAGAUUUGAUGAUUAUCUUCAGGUGUUGUGUAGAGAGAGUGUGUGUGGACGCUGUUACUGGGAGCUGCAGUGGAGUGGACGUGUAUUUAUAUCAGUGUCAUAUAAGAGCAUCAGCAGGAAGGGAUGGAGUGAGUGUGGGUUUGGAUAUAAUGAUGAGUCCUGGAGUUUGCGCUGCUCUUCCUCCAGAUACUCAUUCAUACACAAUAACAUAGAGACUGAUCUCUCUGUGAAGUCCAUCAGCAGCAGAAUAGGAGUGUUUGUGGAUCACAGUGCAGGAACUCUGUCCUUCUACAGCGUCUCUGACACAAUGAGCCUCAUCCACACAGUCCAGACCACAUUCACUCAGACGCUCUGUCCUGGGUUUAUGGUUGGUUCUGGAUCAUCAGUGAAACUGUGUGAUCUAACAGCAGAGAUAGAAACCUGAGUCUGUGACUUGGACUCGAGUCGCACACAAGUCACAAAAAAACACAACUUGCAUCUUGACUUGAAUAUCUGACUCGAGACGUGACUUAGAUUUGAAGACAGACUUGUGAAAACACAAGCCAUUUUGUGUCAUGAUCCCAGUCUUGUUUAAGGACUUCUAAGCUGAAGUGUUUUCUGUUCCCUUCCCUUGUUGCAUUUGUUACCCUAUUUGUUUCCAUGGUUACCCCUCGUUUGUUGUCAUGGUGAUUCAUUAGCUCUGCCCUCCUCAUUAUCUUGUGUAUAUAAAGCCCUGAGUUUCAGUGUUUGUAAGUCAGCUGUCUCCUAUAAAUGCCCAUGUUCUUUGUUUCAUGCUCUUGUUUUCUGGUUUUUCUGUUUAUCCAUAUUUGAUUUACCUUUUGUUCAGUGGUGUAGUCUAGUUUUUUGUAGUGAGUAUACUGAGAUUUUUCCCUCCCAGCCUCAUACUCACCCGUCCCAGAGCAGCACCUCAUAAGCACCAGCACCACCACACUCACUAAACAGGGCUCUACACUUACUUUUGUUU